GCUGUCAAGGCUCAGAAACUUUCUUCUUUCUGAGUAACUAACCGAGUAACUAUUACCUGCUGCAUCACAAAUACUAAAAUGUUUCCCAACCCCAUUGAAAUUGUCUGUGUCGACGUGGUCCAACCGAUCAUUGAUUUUCUGGGCUACUUACUAGUGGAAGUCCACUUCAUCGCCUUCCUGGCUUUCGUCGCCCUCCUCGGAAUAUUCCUGGGACUGAUCCUUGGGAUUGUGUCUGUAAUUUGGUAUAAAUUGACGCGGGACGAGAAAACUGAGCAGAGACUGACUGAAGGAGGAGACUCGGCCGUUGUAAAGAAGAACGCCUAAUAUUGAUGUUCCAUUUCAUGUUUGUUUGAAUUAAUAAAUUAAUUAACAUUACAA